UGGAGGAGGAGGAAGGACAUGUCAGAGAUGUUAGUUCAGAGAGAGUUGUUGGAAUGAUCCCCUGAUGGUCUUUUACUUUUAAAUGGACUUGUAGUUGCAGCUGUCUUGGGCCACAGCUAGAGGUGGAUUUAAAGAUGUAAAAUGACUCAAAACACUGUCCUCUGUGCCUUACAAAUUCCAAGUGACGGCAGCUGAUCAACACAUUCUCCUGGUCUCAGUUGUCUCCAUUAAUAAGUGGAGGGUGAUGAGGUUGGCGGGGAGCCUGCAGCUUGCUCUGCUCUUGGCCUCCAUCACCACGGCCGCGGGCCUCAGUAUCCCUCUGGAAGUGGAGCAGCCUCCAACCAUAGUAUCUCAUACAUCAGGUCCUAUUAUUGUGCUUCCUUUUGACAACACCAUUACUGUCAGGUGUGAAGCCAGGGGCAACCCACCGCCAGAAUACAGAUGGACGAAGGAUGGAAAAGAAUUCAACUACUCAGAAUUCACAACAAACAAAACACACCACAAAAAUGGCACAUUUGUGCUUCACAGGAAGCAACUCUCCCAGUUCCAGGGUAAAUACCGAUGUUAUGCUUCCAACAAGCUGGGAACCGCCAUGACGGAGGAGGCUGAGCUAAUAGUUCCCAGUAUCCCUAAGUUCCCAAAAGAAACACUUGAGCCUAUUUUUGUCCAGGAGGGGGAACCAAUCAUUCUGCAGUGUAACCCUCCAAAAGGAGUGGCACCACGUCAGCUCUACUGGAUGUCUCUUGGUCUCGAGCAUAUUGAGCAGGAUGAGAGGGUUUCCAUGGGAACUGAUGGCAACCUGUACUUCUCUAAUGCCUUACAGAAAGACAGUCGCACGGAUUACUGUUGCUUCGCCGCCUUCCCCACAAUACGCACCAUCGUCCAGAAAACUCCCAUGGCUGUCGUGGUUGAAAACUCCGAAGCCCCCCCAGUGAGUAAACCCAGCCUGCUGCUGCCCUCUGGUGUUCAGUCGCUGGUGGUGUUGCUGAAAGGGGAGAACCUGCAGCUGGAGUGCAUUCCAGGCGGACUUCCCACUCCAAAUAUAACCUGGACCAAACUGGGACACGACAUGCCCGCUCGGACAGACCUGAGCAACUUCCAAAGGCUGUUGACCAUUUCUGCAGUAGAUGACAGGGAUCAGGGGAAGUACAUGUGUUUGGCUGAAAACUCUGCCGGAAAGGUCGUCCACUACUUUGAUGUGAUGGUGGAAGAGCCGCCAAAGUGGCAGACAGAGCCUCCUCAGAGCCAGCUGACUGUGACUGGGUCUGAUGUUCACAUCAAGUGCUCAGUCAGUGGAAAACCACCGCCAGACAUAACAUGGAGGAGAAACGGGGAGAUUUUCAGAGACGAUGAGUUGAGCAGCAGGCGGGUGCUCGAUGACACCGUCGUGCUUCAUAAUGCCAAACCAGAGGACAGCGCUGUGUACCAGUGUGAAGCCUCCAACGUCCACGGCAGUGUUCUGGCCAACGUUAACAUCAUGGUCGCCAACGUGGCUCCUCUUAUACUGACAAGAGACCAUGCUGAGUACGCUGUAGUGCUUAAAGGGGACAUUACCAUCAACUGCACUGUUUUCAGCUCUCCACCAUCCAUCAUCACCUGGUCCAAAGAUGAGAUAGCCAUCGAGGGAGAACGUUUCCUUGCUCUCGAGUACGGACAAUCGCUGAAAAUCAUCAGCACAGAAAAAGGCGACAGUGGGGUUUAUAUGUGUAGUGCCAGUAACUCGGAGGGAAAGUCGGCUGUCAGGGCCGUACUGGAUGUAAAAGAUCCUACAAAAAUAGUAGUUGCACCUCAGGAUGUGGAGAUCGUCAGGGGAAACACAGCUCAGUUGACAUGCCAUGCGGAAUAUGAUAAAAGUCUGCAGGGCAGCUUUAAGGUGGAUUGGAUGAAAGAUGGGAAGGAGAUCGUACUUUCCUCAGAGGCAGAGUCCAGACACUUUGUGGAAGGCGGCCGGCUGCACAUCAUGGAUGUGAACCUGGAUGAUCAGGGAACAUACACAUGCGUCGCUAAAACAAGGCUAGAUGAGGACAAUGCCACUGCACUGCUCACAGUACUGGACAUUCCCGACGCUCCAAAGAACUUAGAGAUAUCUGAAAUCAAGAAUCCGAGGAAUGUGGUGCUGUCCUGGAUACCUGGCAGUGAUCACAACAGCUCUGUAACAGAAUUCGUGGUGGAGUACGAGGAGAGCCAAUGGGAGCCCGGAAGGUGGAGGGAGCUACAGAAAGUGGCCGGUAACCAGGCAACAGCUGAGCUGGCGCUGCACGGACACCUUAACUAUCAGUUCAGAGUGUAUGCUGUUAAUGCUGUUGGACCUGGACCCCCCAGUGAGCCCACUGGGAGAUACUCAACACCCCCUGCUGCUCCUGACAGGAACCCAGAAAACAUCAAAAUUCAAGGCUAUCUCCCUCAUCAAAUGGACAUUAGCUGGGAGCCGCUGUUGCCUAUUGAGCACAAUGGCCCAGGCCUCGAGUACGAGGUGAGCUACCGCAGGCUGGGGGUGGAGGAUAAGUGGACGGGACACCUGGUCAAACGUCACUCCUUUGUUGUGAGGAACACGUCCACCUUCAUCCCGUACGAGAUCAAAAUUCACAGCAGGAACAGCCACGGCUGGGCACCAGAACCUAAAGUUGUUACAGGUUACUCUGGAGAAGACGUUGUCUUUUGGCAUUGUCUGCGGGAAAAUGUGUCAGUUCCCACUGCAGCACCACGGGACAUAGCAGUGGAGGUGAUCAACACCACUAUUCUGAGAGUUAGCUGGACCCAGGUUCCCCCCGCCACAGUGCGCGGCCAUCUGGGGGGAUAUCACAUUCACUGGGUGAGGAGAAAAAGUCUGCUGAACCCCAACAAGAUUUUAGAUGAGCACCAGUCCUUGUCUAUCCCUGGGAAGAGAAGUCAUGCCAUCGUGCCGCAACUCGAGCCUUUUUCUGAGUACAAACUCACCGUCAACGUUUUCAAUAAGAAGGGCAACGGGCCCAGGAGCGAUCCGGUCACCUUCAGCACUCCGGAGGGAGUUCCAGUGCAAGUCCCCAUCCUGACUGCCUCCAACUCCCAGGAAGACUCCACUUUGCUGGUUUGGGGACCACCGCUGGAGGCAAAUGGCAUCCUUUCUGGCUACCUGCUGCAGUACCAGCUCAUUAAUGAGACCACACUGGAGGUGGUGGAUUCCCAGGAGGUGAACAUCACUGGGGCCGAAACCACCCAGUGGCAGCUUUUGGGAUUGGAGGGGGGCAGCCUCUACCGAUUCCAACUCAGCGCCUGCACUCAGACUGGUUGUGGACCUCCUCUGGCCCAGGAGAGCAGGACGGUGUCCACAGGACAUUUGUCCCAGACUCCAGCUGUGGCCCCUGUUCAGAGCAGCCACAACUGCUCUCUCUCUGUUCCCAGCUCUAUCCCAGGCAAUUCUGCUCAUCCUCCUUUAGUUCCAGCCCUGUUGAACAUAAGCUCCUAUGUGAGUGACACCUUUGCCAAAAUCAGCUGGACUGCCAGAGAAGAGCAGCGGGACUUGCAGCUUUAUGUGGCUUAUAUGAAUAACCGUGAAGGAAACUGGCGGAUUUCAGAGGCUGUAAACACUUCUCAAAGUUUCCACGUAAUUGAUGGGCUCAAACCCGGGACGGUGUACACUGUGCGCCUCAUGGCCAAGGGACUGCUUGAUAACGCUAGCAUUUUCGAAGAUGUUAUCCAGACACGAGUCAAAGGUGCGAUAAGUCAAAGGAGCGACUUCUCAACUCAUGGCUGGGUCAUUGGGACCUUGUGUGCCGUGGCGCUGCUCACCCUGGUUGCGCUCAUGGCCUGUUUUGUGCAGAAAAACAAAGGCGGCAAGUAUGCAGGUACGCCGCCGCCCCAGCGACAAGACAUGUUCUCCAUGGAAAAAGUGAAAGAGAAGGAGGACCUCCACCCUGACGUGGAGUCACAGCCAAUGACUGAUGACAACUACGAAUACAGUGACAGCGAUGAAAAGCCACUGAAGGGCAGUAGCUCGUGUUCCCUGAACAGAGGCGAUGCGGUCGGGGACAGCAUCAGCAGAGACAGCCUGGUCGACUACGCGGAUGGCGGGGAAGAAUUCGACGAGGACGGCUCAUUUAUCGGAGAAUAUUCCGACUGCAGGCACAGAGCCUCUGUUAGCGAGCCCAGUGGACCCAGCCCUGUCACUGCAUAAAGCCACGCUCCAAUUUGAACGGUCUACUUCAAAUCCUUUUCAAGAUCCAUUUUAAAUUCAGCCUCCCUGACUUUAAGUAUGGCUUGAAUAGCCAAAUAUAGGGGAACAAAAAAAUGACUCACCCACCAGACGCAUCAGGAUGAGUCUUUGUACAUGCUGUAAGAGAAAGAAAGAUGUUAUUUUUAGUGUUUUGUGACUUUAUUAAUGAAAAUAAAGUGUUUUGGUACCUAUCAGCCACACUUAUUUGCUUGUAACAUAAAGUAAAAGUUAAAAAAUGACCCUCCACGUGUCCAAAUGUCAUCAUAUAUGAUUUUUUUUUACACAGAAGAUAAAAAUAGCACACAAAGUAGAUAUGCACAUGUAUCUGCAACACAUGUUCAUCCAUUUAGGACCCACAGCGCAGGAUGUUUCUUAUUGGAUGAGCACAGGGUGAUUAUUUAUUACAGAGAGAAUCACUCAUGAUUACUAAUAUCCAGUCUUAAGUGCUUUUCUGUGUUUUACUGUACAUUUUUCAGAUGUCUGGAAGUGAAUCAUUUGUAAUAUUUUAUAAUCAAAGUGCAGAUGUCAUUUUUUUAUCAAUAUAUCAAACUUGUUCUUUAUAAAA